AUGCAGGCACUCCGGACGAGCGUGCUGGCCCAGGGCUCUCUGCAGGCGGUCCGAGGAGGAACCCGAGCAUCCACUGGGCGAGGAUGGUACCAGCGGUACCAACGCAUGGGGCCGGACGCUUUCCGCAAAGCCAGAGCUCCCAACCCCUUCGACUGGGACACACCAUUAGCACCACCAGCACCAGAGGCCGGGGCGGAAGAACGGCAGCAGGGAGGGAGCGGCAGGAGACGGCCACGACGGCGGGCCUUCUUCGCCAUGAGCGUGGACGGCGUGCCCGCAGGGCGCGUGGAGUUUGAGCUGGCGAGCGACCUCCUGCCCGUGACGAGCGAGAACUUCUUGCGGCUGUGCAACGGCGUCACCGUCGCGUCUGCAGCCGGCGAGGCGACGCUGCUGCGACGACAAGAGCAGGCGGGGGGCGGGGCGGCGGUGGAGGAGGAAGCAGUCGAAGAGAAGGAGGAGGAGGAGGAGAAGGAGGAGGAAGAGGAGGAGCUUGGCUACAAGGGCUCCGUGAUCCAUCGGGUUGUCACCGGCACCGGCAUCAUGGGUGGCGACGUGGAGGGCUACGGAGGAAAGCGGAGCCACUCUGCCUUCAGCGGCAUGCGUUUCUUCCCCGACGAGGCAUUCCUCAUCCCACACACCGCGCCCGGCCUCCUCACGAUGGCCAACUCCGGGCUGCACACCAACGGCUCGCAGUUCUACAUCACCACGGAGGCGGCGGGGCAUCUGGACGGACGAUCAGUAGCUUUCGGGAGGGUGACCAAGGGGCUGGAGGUAGUGAGGGCCGUCUACGGCAUGUACAGCAUCAGGGGCAAGCCGGUUUCGGAGAUCACGAUUGAAGAAUGCGGCGAGAUUUGA